ACAGUUCAAACACAUAGCACAAUCGCGUUCCAAAGCUUCUCCAAAGGGUAUUUUAUCAAAGUCUUUUAUUAGUGUUUCAGCAGAAGACACUGCCAGGGACAAAUCAUAUUGAAGAUGUUAUCACCAGCAUUUUCAGCUCCAUCCAGGGAUGCCAAAAAGCCAAGGGAGAACCCAUUCAAGCCGCCAAAAGACAAUGAUAUAUUUGAGCUCCGGAGCAGGGAGAAAGAGCAUAGAAAAAUGGAGCUGCAGAGGCAGCUGGGCCUGAAAGUUCAUGAGAAGGUGACUUAUGCUGGUCGGGUGAAGGUCAAGCAGGCAAACCUGAGGAGGAUCCUGUGGGAUGGCCAGGAGGAAGUGGAGGAGAAGACUAGAUCUGAGCUUCAGGGAAAAGAGAGCAGAGCCCAUCUCCAGAUCCUCCCAGCCGUGAGGAUGGCCAUGAUUAAAGACCGUAAUAUCGACAAAGAGAGCAUCAGCGAGUUUAUUAUCAAGAAGCGAGAGAUGUUUCUUCUGGAGUACUCUCUGGCAGUGAAGUACGGGGAGAUUGCACAGCUGGAGAGGGUGGCGGCUGAGGAGGAGAGGAAGCUGAUGCAAGCUGAGACGCUCCUUGAGAACGACGCUGUCAUGUUUGACGAGUUCCUUAAAGAGAAUGACAAGAACUCUGUGGAAGCCAUCAAAAUAGCUGAGCAAGAGACUAAGGCCAAACUGGAGAGGAUUGCUGAGAUCAAGAGAAUUACUACUAAAAUGGUGGCCAUUAAGAGUGACAUUUCCAAAUUUGAAGACAUUCUGAAGGAGUACACUCUUUAUAAGGACUUCCUCUUUAAGCUCUCACCUCCAGAAUGGCAAGAGACCCAGAGGACCAAGGCCAAGUCUACCAAGAUCCAGUCCACCACCAAGAGCAAGGACAAGGAGAAAGCAAACGAGAAGGAGAAAGAGAAGAAGACUGGCCGUAACAUUGUGAGCAAGGGGUCGUUCACCAGCAGAGACCUUUCCCAGCUGAAAGACCCUAAGGCUUCCUCCAGACAGAACAGGAAGUCUACAAGUCCCAGUGACAAAGUCAGCACUGUGUCAGAACAAGACUCAGAAGGCUCUGCGUACGAGGCACAGCCUGAGCUUUACUACACAGACCCCCAGCAACUCCUGGACCUGCUGACUGAGCUGGAGGAGCAGAACCUGUCUCUGAUCCAGAAUUCCCGCGAGACCGAGGAGGCCCUGGAGGAUAUUCGCUACACCAUGGACUUGACCCAGAAGAAGAUGCUGCAUGAGACAGAGCAGCUGACUAAGCAGAUAGAUAUCAUGAACCACACCAUCCAGAGGGAGAGAGAAAGGGCCACCGAGUUGGAGUUGAGGUCCCGUCUUUUCAACUAUGGCAACUACAAGUCUGACGACCAGGAGGGAUUGCUGGACACCCUGGGCAGAAAGGUGGAAGAGGUGUACCGAAGCUGCGUGGGCGACAGCGAGGGCAACCUGAGCACGCUGCAGAUGCUGACGGCCAUUGAGGGCCGACUGGGCGAACUGCUGGAGAAUGCUGAGAUGAUCCCCAGAGACCGGCUGCUGCUGGCCGAGCGGGCCAAGGAUAAGGAGAGGAGGCUCAGGUUGCGUGAUGAGAAGAUUCGUGAGCAGAAGCAACACCAGGAGGAGAGGUUGAAGAGGGCUCUGGAGAGAGCCCAGGCCGACAUAAAAAAGGCGACCGGAAAGAAACUGAUGACUAGAUCGCAGCCCCCUAUCCACAAGCCAAAAAAAAGACAAGAGAACCCAUUGACUGACAAGGAGAUGGAGGAGCACCUAUACUUCUUCACUUAAGGGCACAUACCCUAUCACAACACAACCCUUUGCUGAUACUGACCAGACUUAUUUAACCCAUUGUUAUUUGUUUCUGAUGUAUUUGGGUUAUAAGGAUACAAAAUAAACUGACAUCCCUGGC